AUGUGCUUCCACAGACGCGUCGUUUUCGGCUGCGGCCACCACGCCUGGCAGGGGCUGACCCGGCCCUGCGAGCGCGAGAAGGCGUUCAACCGCGGCGAGGUCGACACGGGGUGCAGCGUGAUGUGGUCGCACGGAUUCGACACGACCCGCGUCCAGGAAGACUGCGCCAAGUGCAAGGACACCAAGGCCGGCCAGGAGUUCCGCCUGGGCGUGGUCAAGGAGCAGAUCAAGGCGCUCAAGGAG